UAAUUCAAUCAAGCUGUACACGAAACUGUUACAGGGCAAUAAAACUUUAUACUCAAAAUGUUCAUGGAAUGAUCAAGGAAAACUAUCAUCUGACAAGGGGCAAGACUAUCUUCUUUGAAGCUAUCAUUUGCACACCCAGUUGCUUACCGGUUUAUGCAAUUCAGUGGAAGCACAUUAUUACUCGAGCUUUUGGAUACGCUGUCGUUAGUCAAAGCUUAGGGCCAAAGAUGUCUUCUAUUGUACGAUCAAGUUAUUCGUCGAGGCAGACUAAAACCGUUGGUGGUGUGACUCGUACAGAGGAAAAUAAAGUUUUAGAAACAAGGUCAGGGAAGGAGGGUACGAGAAAAGAAGAGCAAACUGUAACUGUGAAGAAAGAUGGCUCGAAAAUAUCAGAAUCUAAAACAACAAAAGAGCAGAAGAUCCCAGGAACUGGCAGCAGAUUUGGACAAAAAGCAUUAAAAGAUGCUAAUGAUAAUACGAUUGGAGUAAAACUUCAAAAAGAUACUUCAAAAAAACCGGAUGCAAAGGAGAGGUCAAAGGGGGCAGAGGCUGCUGUCGACUUGAAAGCAGAAGUUGCAAAGAGAAGGCAAAAAACGGCUAUGAGCAUUGAGCAGAGAAUGAUGGAACAAAGGCAGCGAAAGGCAACUGAUCAGAAGAAGCGAAUCCAGGGACGCCAGGCGUUCAAGGCUCAGCUGGAGGCAAAUGCCCCAGUGAGAAGUGGGCCAAAAAAGGCAUCUUUUCGUGGUAAUGGAGAUUCGAAUAUAGACAGGUUGUUACGAUGGACCCAGAAUCGGACUAACUCUUAUCCAGGCGUGGAGGUAACCGAUUUUAGCUCGAGUUGGGCUGAUGGCUUGGCCCUGUGUGCGUUACUGAAUUCUCUUUGCCCUGGCGAAUUCCCUUUGGAUCAAAUGUCCGAAGAUGACCGGAAAACCAACUUGGAUGUUGCGUUUAAAUUUGCAGAAGAGCAGGGCGUGCCACCUUUGCUGGAGACCGAAGAUAUUUUGAGAUCAAAAAACCCGGAACCAAAAUCGAUGAUUACCUAUCUACAUACCAUAUACAAAGUGCUAGUGGCUGAUAAAGCAGAACAAGAUAAAAAAGAGAAAGAGGAAAAGGAACAGAAUGAAAAGGAUGAAGAUGACUCAAAAUAAUUUUCAUACUCAUGCAUUAAUUUUCGAACGUAUAUUAUUUUUCGAAAUUCCCAUUCCAGAAUGAACGAUUAUUGCGGUUUUCGACAUUGUAAAUAUUGUAGACUUUAAAUUGGCUUUAAACCCAAUUUUAAAGUUUUGUCAGAUGGAGGAAUUAAUACUCUACCCUCUAAGGAUUUAAAUAUUUAUACUUAAUUAAAAUGAGUGCUAGGACGUUAUAAGCGCAUAGUCACCUGAUUAUGAAAUUCAACAUUUCAUUUUCAUCAUAUCGUACAGAAAAAAUUACUGCAUAGACAUGGCAACAACAAUUAUAAUACAUUUGUGAAACCCAAUGGCCUAUCUCCCUGAAGCGUUUCCAAAGAUAUUUCAUUGAAUGGACUCAUGACAGGUUUUCAAAAGUUAUGUACAGCAGUUAUAUUCACGUGCAUAAUAUGCAGUAGCUUUCUUGGAGUAUGUAUUCAUAGUCAUAAAUGGCACUUGAUUAUCUUAACGUAAGCUGCACUGCAUUGCCUGGGUGUUGAUUGUUGAAUCAAUACAUUUGCUUAUAAUUUCGGAAACUUAAACAUGUAAUAUGAUUUUAUCAUGAUAUCAAGCUA